CUGCUAACAUCACCCUCCCUGCCCGGGCCCAACCGUCCAACCAACAAGAGUCCUCGCACUCAGUGUAUGUUUUGUGUUGUUGUACUCACACUCACAUACAUGACAUUUAACCAAAGGAGGUAAGGAGUGUUUUCUUGGAAGAAUCUGGACUUGUUUUGGAGUAUAUUAUUUUAUGUUUACUCUGACAACAUGGAGUACUGCUUUUUGAGAGGAUUCCUGGUGUUUUUCUUGAUACAACAGUGCACUUCUAAAGAUCUGACAACAUCCAACCAGUCCUCCAAGGAGGUAACUCUGCAAGAUGGCCUGACCUCACACCGGGAACUAGAGCUAGAGCUGCCCUCUGCAGAGGUAGUGCCAGUAGUAGCACCUCCAACACUGAAGGAGGUGCAGCAAGCUGUACAGGAAGCCUCAGAGCAAGUAGAGGGUCGUGGGGCAGAGGAAGUGUUGAAGGAGCUGCUGGAGAGGGUGGUAGAGGCAGCUCUGACACAGGUGGACAGCGAAGUGAAAGCAGGGGAAGGAGCAGCACAGGAGGUGGUUGAAGAGGACACACAGAUGACUGAAAAGGGAGAGGCUAAAACUGACACAGAUGAGCAGGGGCUGAAGAAAGGGUUGGAGGGUGAAGACGUGAGCAUCAAUGGAGGGUAUACUGGUGCUGGAGAGGAGUAUGGAGCAGCAGAGGUGGAUACAUUUGAAGAUGAAGCUAAGGAGGGGAAAGGAAUUACCCAGGAUGAGGGGAAAACAGCAGCUGGAGCUGGGGUGGAAGCCACAGUAGGUGUGGAAACUGGAGGCAAAGAAGCAGAUGGAGUGGAGGUUAUCAAUGAGUCUCUCGACACCGAGUUUAGUCAGGGGGUUGCAGAGGCAACAUUAGCUGCUUUAGAUGAGACAGGAGUGGAGGAGGUAAUAAUGGAGGACAGCAAUAAGCAGGAUGUGCUGUCAAAGGAAGCAGCUGAAACAGGAACAUGGAGCGCAGAGGAAUCUCCAGCUAUUGGGGAGGUGGCAGUAGAUAAAAAGACACAGAAGGAGACUCUGACGGUGGAACAGUCUGACCCUAGUCUGGCUGUGCAUGACGAGGAGCAGUUGGCAGGUGCAUUGGAGGAAAAAACUCCGGUAGAUGAGGUGACAGUUCUGCCUUCUGAUCAUUAUGGGACAGAUAGCACACAAACUGUAGGAGGAGAGCAGGGAGAAGAGGGGGAGGACACAGUGAAGGAAACCAACGGACCAGCAGUAGAGGAUGAACAAGGCCAGUUAAUGGUAGAGGGAGGAGCUGCUAAGGAGGUAGAAGCUGGAGGUACAGAUGUCGCGGAGGCAGAGGGAGGUGAAAAAGAGAGUGAAAGAAAGGAGGCAUCCAAGGCAUUAGUAAAAGAGUGGGGUGAACAACUAGUAGAAGAGGAGCAGGUCAUACUGGAGAUGUCACAUGACAGUGAAACAGAGAAUCAAGAAACACUAGUGAUCCCUGCCCUGGAGCCUGAAGAUGGUGCUGAAGCCUCCAAAGAGCAGAACCCCAAGAACCUGGCUCCUGCCCCCAGCCCAUCCCUAGGUGGGGUCACGACAGAAGACAAUACGUUUGGCGAUGAGAAAUCUAACCAUGGCAAUGAGAUCAUCACGCCCACCGAUGAUCUUUCACCACACAACCCUGUUGUGGCACAACCUACACUGGAUAAUGUAGUGACAGACGUUCUAGCCGAAGCCCCUCAGGCGGGAGGGAAUGAACUGGGGGAGGCCGUUGAGCUGGUAGAGGAUACAACUGGAACUACAGAGACAAGAGAGCUGGGUCUGGAGGCAUGGAAGAUUGGGGCCAUUUUUGCUGCAGUCUUCCUGGUUCUGGAGACUGCUGUCAUCAUUAUCUACGUCCUCAAAUGUCGUAACGGAAACAACGCCCAAGCCACCGAGCGGACAUGUGAGGAAGGGUGUGUUGAACCAGAGGCAGCUACAGGAGGGGAGUGCAGUGACGACACACUGCCUGCAGGCAACGGCAACACUCAACAGAUACCACCACUUGACCCACCUGACAUGGUUUCAACCCUGGCCCAAAACAAAGCGCAGCAUGACGAGAACCACGCGAUAACUCUGUCAGACCUCGCGCCCAGCUCCAGAGAGGAGUCAGUCAACAAUGGACCGGGGCCAGACUCCUCACAAGAGCUCAGGACUUCCAAUCUCUAGGGAUCCAACUGUGUCUCUGUUCCGACUCUAUCUAAAUAAAACCCAAAAAGCCACUCUCCACUACUGUACCCAAUCCCAUUUUACCCCCUGAAUUACCCCACAUGUUCAACACAGAAUCAACACAGACUGCCUUGGACUCCGACUGUAAUGUCUAUGUAACACGUUUACAUUUUUGGCAUGUAUGACUAUUUGUAUGUGUACAGUGACGAUACUGUAACACAUGUGGCAAAUGAGGAUGGGUGGAAGGAAGGAAGGAAGGAGUGUGCAUUCACAGGGGAGAACAGUCUUGUGUAUAAAAGAAGAGGAAGUGCACGUUUUAAAAAAAUAUUCUAAAUGUAAUAAAGAUCUCCCUGAACCAGCAAAUCUGUCGAAAUUAUACACAGUGCUUUGGCAGUGCCAUAGUGUGCUAUAUAUACACACGGUCUCAGUAAAAAUAUAAAACACCUUCCAACACACUU